CGUCCCGAGCAAGGCUGCUAAGCAGAAGUUGUUGCAGUGGUUCACCCCGAAAACGCGCUAGAAACCCCGCGACGACUCAGGCGCCUCCCUCUCCCCCCCACCCACAGGGGGCUGAUCCUGCCGGGGAUGGCAGGUCCCACACAGUGGAAAGCGAGAUGGUAGGGCCAAAAAACCUCCUUCCUCUCCUGUCAAAGGGACAUGCGCCCCCAGUGCUGUGUGGACUCUGACAUUGCAGACUGGCUUGCCAUCAUUCACCUGGAGAGAUAUCGGGAUGCCUUCAAGCAGCACGGAUAUUACUCCGUGAAGGAUGCAAUACCUCUGGGUAAGGAGGACCUUGAGAAGCUUGGCAUCACUCCUACUGGGCACCGCAAAAGGAUCCUGAGCUUAGUGCAACAAACUCAGCUGCUUGUGAGGGACCAACUUGGACACAUGGCAGGAGAUGCCCGUUACAGGUUUGGCAAAUGUGCAGAUUCUCUGGAUAGGCCUAAGACUGAUGAGAGUAAUGACACUGGCCAAAAUAAAGAAGUCUUGGCAGAAUCCAUUUCUGGCCCUGAGGCUUACCAUGACUCAGCAGAUCACGGCCAACCUCUGCCACCAGAUAAGGAACCAGCUCCUCCUGUGGCCAAGCCGAUACCCAAACCUAGGACUGUGUUCCCUCAUGCGCACCGAGUCGUCAAGCCAGAGCAAGCCUCAUUGCCAUCAGCACAAAUGUCUGUGCCGGCAUGUAUAUCUAGUUCUGACUCUGAACAAAUGUUUAUUAUCCUUGAAGGAUUUGAUCCAGGGGAAAGCACCACAGAUGCUGAGAAGUUUGAGAAUGCCUCAGAAUACCAGGCUGGAGAUAAACUGCCAGAGGCCACUCUGUCACCCCAGGGUAGACCAAGGAAGAAUAACUCAGAAUCUGCUCUGCACUCUUCUAUUCAUUUGAACGAAAUGAGCCAUGAGACCAAGCAUGGGUUUGAAACCUCCUUUUUUUUUACCCCUCCAUGUUUCAUCUCCAAGAAGCAGCCUGCGAACCCCAGCCCAACAGAGUUCGUUUCAACCACUACCCAAGUGCAGAGAGGGAUGUUGCUGCCUCCAGCUGCCCUCACCAAGUCAGCCUCUCAACGGGAUAGGAAAGAUAUAGUGACAGACGUUACUUAUGAGGGACGUGGGCUCCUGCCAUUGCCGUCUAGAAGCAUGAAGGUGAAGGAGUCUCCAAGGAGUCAGCCCAGCACACAGCCAUCAGGCCUAGCCAUGCAAAACGGGACUGUGGCCGUGGAGAAUUCUAUUUCCCUGGAACAGCUCUUCCCGGAUCUGCACCAUACACCGCAGGGCCUUGCCAACAGAUCAGCAGCCACUGUUGAGGAGCCCAUCAGUCCCUACUGCGAGGGCAUGUUUGGACAUUGUUGGUCUGUUCAGGAACAGGAUACUGCAUCACCUGAAUGGCAGGAAUAUGAAGAGUUGCCAGAGUGUGCACCGAACCAAGGAGAAGGAGUGCCCAUAAGCAGAAGCAUUAGCACAGAAGGAAAGGGCCACACUGCUACGAGAGAGGUUGGUGUCAUCAGCCACGUUGCCCAGAAUGAGACUGAAAGCUACUCUACAGUUGAUGUUCUACGGGGCAAAAGCUCUCCAUUCACACUCUCAGACCACUUGUAUCCUGAUGAAACUUUGGAUGACUUGACCAUCUCCCCCUAUGCCAGUUAUACCUCACUGUCGGAACGGCCACCCACUGUGCUCAGCGGCUGGCUAGACAAGCUCUCCCCACAGGGGAAUUAUGUCUUUCAGCGACGCUUUGUCAGAUUUGAUGGGAAAAACCUCAUGUAUUUCAACAAUGAGAAGGAGCCGUACCCAAAGGGUGUGAUUCCUCUCUCUGUCAUUGAGAUGGUGCGUUCCACGAAAGACAGCAAAUUCCAAGUUGUCACUAGCCACAGGGUCUUUGUCUUCAGAGCUGAAAGUGAGGCCCAACGGAAUGAAUGGCGCAGCACCCUGCAGCAGAAGGUGACUGAGCAGCGGCUGCUUUCUCCCCGGCCUUCUCUCAGGAGUAGCAGUCCCCUCCAAAAGUCUGGCUACCUAGAGCUCAAGGGCUACAAGUCCAAGCUAUUUGUGGUGCUAGCUCUCGCUGAGAUGUGGCUGUACAAAAGUGAGCAGUUCUUUAAAAUGGGCAUUGCCAUCUGUCUGAUAGAGAUGCCUGGCACAACUAUCCGAGAAGCCAAAGGCCGCAGCUUUGAGCUCAUCACCCCAUUCAAGAUCUUCAGUUUUGGAGCCGAGUCUGAGCGAGAGAAGCGGGAGUGGAUGGAGGCCCUGCAGAACUCCAUCGCUGAGACGCUGUAUGACUAUGAGGUGGCUGAGAAGAUCUGGUCUAACAAAGCUAACAGGUUCUGUGCUGACUGUCAUGCCCUGAAUCCUGACUGGGCCUCUGUCAAUCUGUGUGUGGUGAUCUGCAAGCAGUGUGCAGGUCAACACCGGAGCCUGGGCUCCAGCAUUUCUAAGGUGCAGAGUCUGAAGCUGGACACAAGCAUAUGGAGCAAUGAGAUGGUGCAGCUGUUCAUUGUUCUGGGGAAUGAACAGGUGAACAGGUUUUGGGCAGCACAUCUCCCACCUUCUGAGGUCUUAUACCCAGAUGCCAGCACUGAGCAGAGACGAGACUUCAUCACUUCCAAGUACCGCUAUGGGUGCUAUCGCAUGCCACACCCACAGUACAGCAGCCAGGAAAGCAUUUUGCAGGCUCUGUGUGCAGCUGUGUCUAGAUCUGGACUGUUGAAGACAAUGCUGCAGUUCUUUGCACCCACUAUGGAAGCUCAGGCAGGAGCUUGUAGUGCCAUUUCAGAAGUUAAAACCUGCUGCAACGCUGGGCAGAAUCAGCAAGGGAGCUACUCGGGCAAUCUUAGUGUGGCAGUUCUGAGCCCAGAAGGUGUCUACAAUGAGAUCACACAGCCAGUUGUCCACUGUGGCUACAUGUACAAGGCCCCAGCUAUGACAAAGCUCACAGUUACCAAGAAGAGCAGAGAGGAAUUUCAGAGAGUUUGGUGCUCACUGGAGAAGUUUCUCCUCUUCCAUGAGACUGACAGGAGCUCUGAACCAAUUGGGAAGUUUGAAACGGCUGAUGUGAUUUCACUGGGUGUGAACAGAGCAGUUCCUCUGACUAGUCUUGGCUCCUCAGACAGGUUCCGUUUCACAUUGGAGCUGUAUCUGAUCAACGAUCGAGUGCAACAGCUGGGGGCUGAUGGACCUGAUGCUCUGAAGUCCUGGGCCAGUGCCAUUGGCAAGUGGUUCACCCCUCUCAGCUGUCACUGCCUGCUAAGCUAUGAGUUCCAGAGGGUGGGCAGGCUCUGCUACAAAUCAAUGUUAAAUCCCAACCAGUGGCUGCAAGGUUUCUUCAUCCUCCAGAAAUCUCAUCUCUUCAUCUGCCCAGGAGAAGAGGGGGCAGCUGAGGACAGCAUCAACCUGCGGCAGCUGCAGGAGCUCAGUGUUGUUCCCCUUGCUGAAGGUCCAGAGAAGAAAGAGAUGCUGAUCCUGGUGGAGAUGGGGCGGACAUUUUGUCUUCAGGGAGCAUCACGACUGGACUUUUCCACAUGGUGCAGGGCUAUUCAGGCCUCAGCGGGGGGACAGGGAAAUGCCUUGCGUGAUCAGCAGCUCAGCAGGAGUGGCAUCCCCAUCAUUGUGAACAGCUGCAUUGCCUUCAUCACCCAGUAUGGGCUGCAACAUGAAGGUCUUUAUCGUAAGAAUGGAGCCAAGUCCCGCAUCAAGAUUUUGAUGGAGGAGUUCCGACGAGAUGCCCGAAAUGUUAAGUUGCGCAUCAAUGACAAUUUCAUUGAAGAUGUGACAGAUGUGCUGAAGAGGUUUUUCCGGGAGCUGGAAGAUCCUGUCUUCACCAUACACUUGCACCCCCAGUGGAAAGAGGCAGCAGAAAUCUCCCAGAAGCCUCAGCGGUUGGAGCAAUACAAGGAGCUGAUAAAGAGCUUGCCCCACCUCAACAGAAGGACCCUGGCCGCUCUGAUUAGCCACCUGUACCGGGUACAGAAAUGUGCUAACCUCAAUCAGAUGAGCACCAAGAACCUGGCUCUGCUCUUUGCACCCAGCCUCUUCCAAACUGAUGGAAAAGGGGAACAUGAGGUCAGGGUGAUGGAGGACCUGAUUGACAACUAUGUUCACAUUUUCAAUAUCGAUGAUGAUCAGGUGUCACAGAUGGACCUAGAGAACAGUUUGAUUACUACCUGGAGAGAUGUGCAGCUGUCACAGGCUGGUGAUAUCAUCCUCGAGGUUUACUUGGAACAGAAGAACUCCGAUUGCUGUGUCACUCUUAAGGUGUCCCCUAUAAUGACAGCAGAAGAGCUGACGAAUCAGGUGCUGGAGAUGCGAAGUGUUGCAGCCAGUUUGGACAUCUGGCUGACAUUUGAGGUCUUAGAGAAUGGGGAACUCGAGCGCCCCCUACACCCCAAGGAGAAGGUCCUGGAGCAGGCUCUGCAGUGGUGUAAACUGCCCAAACCCAGCUCUGCCUGUUUGCUAGUGAAAAAGGUGCCCAUCAGGGAAGGCAGCUGCCUCUUCACAGGUGCCAAGCGAGAGAGUCCAAAAUGUGGUCUGUUGAAGUGUCGUGAAGAAUUGCCCAAGCUGCUAGGGAGCAAGUUUCAGGAGCGCUACUUUGUCAUCAGGGACCGCAAGCUGCUUCUGCUGAAAGAGAAACGGAAUAUCAAGCCAGAGCGGGAGUGGCUGCUGGACCUGGCCAAGGUUUAUAUGGGGAUCCGGAAAAAAAUGAAGCCACCCUCACAGUGGGGUUUCACUCUGGUUCUAGAAAAACAGCAACUGUAUUUAGCAUGCAAUGGGCAGUCUGAGCUGUGGGACUGGACCACCAGCAUCUUGAAAGCCCAGCAUGACAGCAUCUGCCCAGUCAUUCUCCGCCGACGCUCUUCUUCCGACCUAGCCAAGCAGAAAUUUGGCACCAUGCCCCUGAUUCCUCUGCGUGGAGACAGCACCAAUCCCAUCAUGCUCUCUGCUAAUCAAACCCUGCACCGCCUGCAUACACGAAGGACAUUGUCCAUGUUCUUUCCCAUGAAAAUGCACCAGGACUCACUAGAGGAACAGCAGGAGGCAACUGAAUCGGAGCCUGUCUAUGAGGAGGUGGGCAACUUCUCGGGCAUGGAUUUUCUGGAGCUUGAUCACUCCCUGCUGCCUCCUGUGGAUCGGACCAAGAAGCCAGUCACAUUCAUAGAGCAGGUGCUAUCCAGUCCACUGCCCCCCUGCCCAGUCCCCAGGUCAUCUAGAACCAGCAUAGCAAAGGAAAGCUCCCUGGGGAAAGACCUUUGUCUGGAGCUGGAUACAGAGUCCCUGACACACAGGCUCCCAGGACACAGAGUGACUCAAAGUGCCUCUACUGAAAAAAAGACUGAACUACCCCAAGUACCAUCUACACCAAAUGGAGAGCAGGAGCAGCCAAAUGCAGUGCUGAGCCUCCCUCCAGAGCCUCCAGCCAGCAUGGAGACUCAAGUUAGGGACCUCAGAAAGAAAAGCUUCCAGGCAGACUUAUCCAUCAGUGACAAACUCAUGCAGGAACUGAGCACUGCCAUCUUCCGGAAGAAUGAAUGCCAGACACCAGUGAGGUCAGGGAAGCAGAACCUCUCACCAGAUGCUGAGAACCAGGCUCAGCCAGAAGAAUAAUGUGAUCUGAGGACUGGGAUCUCUUAAUCCAGGUCUAGGCUCAGUGUCAGUCCUGGACCCCAAGAAUGGGUUAUAAGGGAGUCUACAGAGCUUCAUCACUUCUCUUUCCUGUGUAAGCUUCAUGGAAAUGAAGCCAGUGUCCUCCCUGGAAUAGUGGCAUUAAGAAGUCCUCACUUCCUCUCUUCUCACUAUCUCUAUUAAUCAUUAGCAGUUCCAGUUUCUCCUAGGGUUGGGGAAAUGGCAGGAGGAGAAGCUUUGCCAAGACAGAACAAUGUGCCCGUCCAUUGAUGAUGAUGAGCUCCAGCUCAUCUGCAAUACAAUUAUGUACAUAUUCAGGACUGUGUGUAUGCCACAAUUCCUUGACAGCACACAAAGGCACAGAAUGUGGUAUUGGGUGCAUAAUUCAACUUCCUGGAAUCUCAGUUGUCAUUUUCUUUUAAAAAAAGAAGAAGAUGAUGAUGUUUCCAGCCCUCGUGGUCAAGAAGAUGUGCUUGCAAAUAUAUGGGCAAAGCCUGCUGAAAUCUCAGAAGCCAGAGAGGAGUAGCUGGAUAUUUCCAUUAGUUACAGGCAAAGCUUCAGGGCUCUCUCCUUAAAUGACUAGCCGAAAGGAAAAAUAAUUAUGCAAAAUGUGAUUAAACUAUGCAAAUAUGUUCAGCUAGCAUAAUUGUACAGGUCACAGAUUUCAGCUGUUGAUGGUGCAGAAUCUGCAUUGUCUGGACCAGAGAUAUGGAUCUUCCAGAAAAAUUUGAAUGGGAUAAUUUUCCCCUCAAUUGCAUAACACUUGCAUGAAUUCCUCCCCCCCCCCCCCCCCCGCCUUAAAAAGCCAGACUCUGAUGCCCUAAUUAGAUUAUGAUCUGAUCUGGCAUGUGUUUUAACCUAUUUUUACAUUUUAAAAAACCAAAAAACUCUUCCACCAUAUUAAUCUCCCAUACUGUAUCUCAAACGUUUUUCAAGUAGCCAAGUAGGUGAACUGAAAUACUUGAUUACAGGGAGGGAGGGGAAUCCAUAAAGGCAUUUCCUGUGCUUUAAUUUUCAUAAUGGAAUACAUUCAAAGCUUUAUGUGGAAAGAAAAGAAAUUAUUGGAAUACUUAAAACAUAUAUUUUAUUGUUUUGUUAUGUUUACCCUCUCACAGGUUAUAGGUAUAAUCUACUGAAAAAUAUUAAUUACAACUUUAAAAUGGCUGAAUGUGCCUAACAGGGGCGUAGCAAGGUUGGAGUGGGACUGAGGACAAGAUUUUAAAAUGGGCCCCUCACUACUGAUUAACAAAGGAGACUUUCAACCAUGAAGUGUGAUUCUAUGAGGCGAGUCUCAUGAUCGGUGAGACCCCACCGUAAGGGGGUUUGUGGGGAGAGCGGCGUCUCCCCACAGACAAUCAAGGCUGCAGCCCUGGGCAGCCGGAUCAGUCGCCCACACGACUGCCGGCUCCGUCACGGAGCUGGCGGGGGCUGUGCGGCCCCCUGAAGUUCCAUGUUGGAGAGAUUCUUGAUGGGGGGGGUCUCCUCAUGUGUUGCCAUGGCACAGAGGCACACCGCAGCAAUACACGAUCGGAAAACCCGGAUUAGUGGAGCACUCGCUCCGCUAACCUGGGCUAAGGGGAGGGGUAUUUAAGCGGGUUACCCAUUUUGGGGAAAGCAGGCUCAAUUACGAGCCCAGUUGUUCCCACGGUCCAUGGAAAGCGAGCAAAGCUCCCUUAGCCCGCUUUCCAUUGAUCGUGAGAAUCUCCUCUAUGUAUGUUUUCUCAGAAAUCCUAACAAAUUCAGUAAAGUUUGCUUGCAGGUAAGCGUGUGGAGAAUUGCGGCCUCAGGCAGCAAAUCUAACCACAUUUAGCUGCAAGUACAUUCCACCGAAACCUAAAGGACUUUGUAAUUUUCUGCCAUGAAACAAGCCACUUACAGGACAUUUUUGAUGGGUUUCUUUCAAUUUAAAAAAAUAUUAAAACCCAACAAUUUGUCCAGUCCACUUCAGUUUAAAUAUACAUAUUCCUCCCACCCUGCCCUACAUCUCUGCUCAAUACCAAAGCCCUAUGGCAAGUACCGUAUUUUUCGGACAAUAAGAUGCACUUUCCCCCCAAAAAAGUGGGGGGGGGAAUGAGGGUGCAUCUUAUGGUCCAAAUGCUGUCCCCCACCCCGCCCCCCCACCUGAUUAGGGGCCAAAUCGGCCCAAGCUAACUGCCGCCGCGGCGCCCGCGAUGCUCCCAGGCAUCCUUUGCGGCCAAAGCGCCAGUUCGGGCCGAGGCUUUGGAGAGAGAGGAGCUCUGCUUGCGAGCUCCUCAAUCCUUCUCCAGUUACCAGUAUGGGUCCCUGAUUGGGCUUAGAAGGUUAGGACUGGGCAGCUGGGAGGGCGGUCAGCGGCGGGGGGGCAGCCACGGCGGCAGUUAGCUUGGGGCGAUUCGGCCCCUAAUCAGGUGGGGGGGCGGCGGGGGACAGCAUUCGGACGAUAAGACUGGGUUUGUCUUAUCGUCCGGUGCGUCCUAUGGUGCGAAAAAUACGGUAAUUCCCAGUGAUCUAAAGGCUGGGGCAGAAAGGGGGUGGUUUUUUUAUGAAGGCAAAGGGCAGAUUCUUCCAUAUGAGGGUGUAAUGAUGGUCUAAGAGGGGGCUUCUGCUCCAGACAUUUUUGUAAUUUUCUGCCAUGAAACAAGCCACGUAUGAGAAUUUUUGAUGGGUUUUUUAAAAAAAAUAAAAAAUAUUAAAAACCAGCAAA